CUCCCGGCGGGCCCCGAGGCCAUGAACGGCUGCGAGGCGGCGCGGCUGUUAGACGCCGUCGACUUCGCGGCCCGGAAGCACGCGGCGCAGCGGCGCAAAGACCCGGAGGGCACGCCGUACAUCAACCACCCCAUCGGCGUGGCCCAGAUCCUGGCGCAGGAGGCCGGCGUGACGGACGUGGCGGUGCUGCAGGCCGCGCUGCUGCACGACACGGUGGAGGACACGGACGCCACCUUCGCGGAGAUCGAGCAGCGCUUCGGGGAGGAGGUGCGGCGCAUCGUGGAGCAGCUGCCCGGAAAGAAGGACCUCUUCCUGGAGGCCGACCUGAUGAGCCCGCUUGACCGCAUAGCCAACGUCUCCAUCCUGAAGCAGCACGACGUGGACAAGCUCUACAAGCUGGAGAAGAAGCCGGCACGCAGCUCCAGCGACCAGUUGUGCUUCCUGCUCCGUCCGCGCCUUGAGAGCGUUAGGCUGGUGGCGGAGCUGGUCAACGCUGACAAGGCAGCAGGUCGGGUGCGCAAGUACAAGAUUAUCUUCAGCCCCCAGAAGUUCUACAUGUGUGAGCUGGUGUUGGAGGAAGAAGGGAUUUAUGGUGAUGUGACCUGGGAUGAGUGGUCCUUCUCGCUUCUCCCUGUGGAUGAUGACAUCAUCAGCAUGGAGCUGCCCGAGUUCUUCCGUGAUUAUUUUCUGGAAGGGGACCAGCGGUGGAUCAGCACAGUGGCCCAGGCUUUGCAGCUGAUGAACUCUCUUUUUGGCCCAUUCGCCAAGACAUAUGGAAUUGGACGGUGUGCUAAGAUGGUCCACGAGCUUUGGCGUGAAAUAGUGGAAGAGAGCGAGGUUGACAGCAUGAGCCGGAAGCCAGAGAUUGGCCACAUCUUUCUCAUAGACAGAGAUGUGGAUUAUGUCACGGCCCUUUGCUCUCAAGUAGUCUACGAAGGCCUGGUGGAUGAUACCUUCCGCAUAAAAUGUGGAAGUGUGGAUUUUGGUCCAGAUGUUACCUCCUCUGACCGAAGCAUUAAAGUCCUGCUGAAUUCCCAGGACAAGGUAUUCAGCAAAAUCCGCGAUGAGCACUUUUCCAAUGUCUUUGGUCUCCUGAGUCAGAAGGCACGGAACCUGCAGGCCCAGUAUGAUCGACGGCGUGGGAUGGAUAUUAAGCAGAUGAAGAAUUUUGUCUCCCAGGAACUAAAGGGCUUGAAGCAGGAACAUCGUCUGCUGAGCCUCCAUAUUGGGGCCUGUGAGUCCAUCAUGAAGAAAAAAACCAGACAAGAUUUCCAGGAACUGUUGAAGACGGAACAUGCCCUUCUGGAAGGGUUUGAAGUCCGGGAGAGCAUCAGCUUCAUUGAGGAGCACAUCGACCGGCAGGUCGCCCCAGUCGAGAGCCUCAGGAUGCUUUGCCUGCUGUCAGUCACAGAGAACGGCCUUGCGUCCAAGGACUACCGCUCCUUGAAGACCCAGUACCUGCAGAGUUACGGACCAGAGCACCUGCUGACCUUCCACAACCUGAAGCAUUUGGGGCUGUUGACGGAGCAAGUGUCCGGUGAAACUCUGACAGCUGUGGAGAACAAAGUCAGCAAGCUGGUGACCGACCGAGCUGCAGAGAAGCUCUCGGAUGCCUUCAGCUCACUGGCCAGGAAGAACAAUUUCCGAGCUGUAAGCAAGAAACUGGGCUUGAUCCCACGUGGGGCCGGAGAGUAUGACCUGAAAGUGCCCCAGGACAUGGCCUAUGUGUUCAGCGGUGCCUACGUCCCCCUCAGCUGCAAGAUAAUGGAACAGGUGCUGGAGCGCAAGGGCUGGCUAGGCCUGGAAGAGGUGGCGAGGCUGCUUGGGGGCCAUGAGUUCGUCACAGCUGCAGAAGAACCUCGGGCAUCAGCCUCCCAGCAAGUCAUCCUGGCAGUCUUCCUAGGGGGCUGCACCUUCUCUGAGAUCUCUGCUCUCCGCUUCCUCGGCAGAGAAAGAGGGCUCCGGUUCAUAAUCCUGACAACAGCCAUCACCAAUAGUGCUCGCCUGCUGGAGUCCACCAUGGAGAUCAGGAUGUGACCGCCUCCGAGGCAAACCAGAGGCGAUGGGAUGCUCGAAAGGGCCUCGGGGCCUGCCCCGCCAGGGAGAGUCAGUGUUCCCACCAGCUGGAGGAUCACUGUCUUUUACCAUCCGGGGAGCAAGAAGAGCCUGGGAGACAGCCCCUUCCCCUUCUGGCCUUUCGCUGCGGGCCGCUGGGAUCUCUCUGCUUUGAACUUCGGAAAUGGGGGCUCCCCUUCGGAGGGGAAGCGUCUGGUGAGGCAGAGAAGGGUGUAGCAGCAGAAGAAAACUGGGACUUCAUUUAGUGAAAGGAAGAAAGCCCAGGAUGUCAGACAGCUCACCCAAGAAGAGGAGAUGAAGGAAAAACCCUCCAUAAAUAUAAAGAAACCCUACACAGGGCCUGUUGCCCCAUCUUUUCAGCCUCCGGCUAUCCUGGAAACUUCUCCUGCAAUAAAUGGUCUGCAUAUAAGGCACCUAUGCAUCCUUGCCAGAAACCACAUUCCAAAAGGGACAGG